AGAAACAGGAAAUGAAGCUUCCUCGGUCCGGUUUGAAACACUAAAACCUGUUUCCUCUCCCUGCCGCACAUAAAAACCACCGGCAGCCGGGCACAUUUCUGCAGGUUCGUUGUGAAAGCAGCAGCUGAAGGGGAAGAGGUGGCACCAGCCUCCUGGGAAGAAUACGCGAGAGACACUACAAACCGUGAGGAUGAGGGAGGUAUACUUAGUGCUGUUUUUAAUGUUCUUGGAAUGGAGGCACACAAAAGCCGACUCAGCUGUCAGGGCCCGGGAUGUACCUAUGGACCAUGAAGCAGAAAUAAGCCACCCCAGUUUGACUUCUGCUGAAACGCAGAACUUCAGACAUGGAGUGGCAACCCCUGCGGUUCCCACUGCAGAAAAUCCAGUCGCUUUGGUGAAUACGAGCCAUGAGGAUGAGGUAACACGUAGCUCUCCGCCACCCACGAAGGAGUCUCCAGGAUUACAAACUCCGUCAGUGACCCAGGAGAAGAAUUCCUUGACCCGUACAAAUCUCACAAGAGGAAUCAAUGAUAGUGGCAUGCCUAAUGCUAAGGCACCAGCUCUUUCUAACAACACGGGGAUCCCUGCGCAAAGCCAACCUAAAAAAGGUCCUCUUCAAGGUGAAGCUCCUAGAAGCUCGAAAGGAGCUACAGUGAACAGAUCUUCCAGGCAAUCGGACAGCAGCAAAACACCCAGCUUUGAAACUACCAGGGGAAACUCUCAGUCAAGGACUCACCAAGCUUACCGGCUCAAACACAUGAUCGUGACAUCACUGGAGUGGAAGUGCUGUCCCGGAUACAGCGGACAGGCCUGCCAGCCCAAAGCCCCGCAGGAUCAAUUGCUGAUACACAGCAGCCAGGCUGAAAGCAACGCCGCUGUCAGUGGGGGGACGCUGGGAAACCAACUGCCGCAUCAGCAGCCGCAGGACCUCGGCAACCCAGCAAUUGCACAAAAAAUGAAUGAGCAGAUUAGCAGCCAAGAGAUGAAACUGACUUUGCUACAGAAGAAGGUUGACAACAUUUCGGUCGUCAUGAGUGAUGUGAGCAAGACACUCUCCUCUCUGGAAGGCAAAAUCAAUGAAGAUAAGGGCAGAGACUUGCUGGCUUUUCUAAAAGGUCUCAAGUCCAAAAGCAUUACUGAGCUAGUGAAAGAGAUUGUAAAAGAGCAGAUCAAAGUCUCCCAAAAUGACAUGCAAGAGACCCUAGUCCAGAUUUUCAAGAUGAUAUCUGAUCUAUCUGAAAAUCUCGAGAGUACCAAAGAAAUGGUCAAAAGUUUGAAUGCAUCUCAACAUAAACUUGCUUUGGAAAUAGAAAACAGACCUGUAAAGACAGAAAUCCUAGAGAUAAAGACCCAGAUCCUGCACAUUGAGGAGGAGAUAAGCAUUACAUGUGAUCAGCCAAUCAAAGAUUUGCAGGAAAAGCAGAAGGCUAUGGGAAUUGCCUUGGAGCAUCAAAGUUCAAAGAGUGACAUUUACUAUGAAUCCCUGAACAAGACUCUGAGCCAGAUGAAAGAGGUUCAUGAGCAGCUGUUAUCAGCUGAAAGGAUCUCAGAUCAAAACAUCCCUACAGCAACAGAAAGUAAAUCGGUGAGCGAUAACAUUACAGAUUACAUGAUUGGUCUGCAUGAGAAAGUGAAAACACAGAGUCUGAUGGUUCUGCAGCUGUAUGAUGACCUCAGAGUCCAAGACAGCAAGAUCAACAACCUCACUCUAGCACUGGAGAUCCAGAAAGACUCCUUACCAGGAGCAUUAGAUGAUGUAUUGUUUGAGUGCCGGAAGGAACUCCAAAAACAACUGAAGGGAGCAGAAGACAACAUGCUUACUUUAAACAGAACAAUGGUGAACCUCAUGUUUCCUUUAGAUGAUAAGAUGGACAAAAUGAAGGAGCAGAUUAAUGACCUCUGUUAUGAUAUGGAGAUCCUCCAGCCUUUGAUUGAGCAAGGAGUGCCUUUUAGCCUUACGUCAGAUGAUGAGCAGCAGAUCGAAAGGGAAGCUACGAACAGGAAGCUGGAAAAUAUAACCAGUGUUAUGACGGCUUUGAGCUCUACCAUCAAAGAACUCGCCAAAAGCCAAAAGGAGCUUAAAAAUGAAGCUCAAGCUCAUGAGGAAGAAUCUGAGAGACGAAUUACUGAAUGUUUUGUUUUAAUGGAAGAUGGCUUAAACAAGACCAUGAUGGUGAUCAACAGCGCCAUUGAUUCAAUUCAGGAUAACUAUGUAAUGAAGGAAACACUGGAUACCUUGAGAAAUGAAACAGAAAACUGCUGUCGUGGAGCAGAGAACAUGGAAAGCAUAUUGACAUGGAUACCUCAGUUUCAACAGAUGAACGAAUCCCUUCAGAUACUAGUCAAUGAGAAUCAGAAACAUGGCUUUGUUACCAGGACCAGGCCUUUUUCAAAUCCUUCAUCGGGUGAACAGAGCAGAGUAAGGAUCCCUGACCUUGGCCAAGUUCAUCAAGUCUGGAACACAACAACAUUGUCAAAUACACAAGAACAUCACCGGGACACUGGUCACCAGGAUGAGACGCGCUUGCAGCCAGCACAGGAGCACGAAGAUUAUGAAGUUCGCUUGCAGACCGUGGAAACAAAAAUAGCCAAGUUUUUAGCAAACAGCUGUGUCUCUGUACGAAAUGUCAAAGCUGCUAUAGCAGAAAAGGACAAAGAGGUCUUGGGUCAGUUUCAGGCCCUGAAUUCCAGAAUAAGAGCACUGGAAGCCAAAUCCAUCCGUGUGUCUGUGACCAUCCCGCUCUUAAACAAGACUGCUUAUGAAGCCCGCAGCUUGUGUCAAGAUGUCUCUGGGAAAAUUCAAGAGGUCACUGCCAGCAUUCCCAGGUUAAUGCAAGUUGCUCACCCAGAUAUUGUGCUGUUCCAGAAAGGCUUGCAAGAGUUCACUGAAUCUGUGCUGGAGAUAAAAACAGGAAUAAUCCUAUCUAAUCUAACCAGCUACGUAGACAAGUCCCUUGCUGAUGCCGUAUAUAAUAUCACCAAACGUCUGAAGUCAGCUCCUCCUGUUGUAAAAAAGCCAGGACCUGUAAAAAAGACAACACCGAACAUUACCACAAGCCAGUCUGGACGGAGUCAGAGAAACACAGAUACUGCUUUAGAUGCAGGUAUUUAUUUGAGCUGCAGCAGCUCCCCUUGCCAAAAUGGAGGGACCUGUGUCAAUGAAAGAAAGGGCUUUGUCUGUGCUUGCCGCUAUCCCUUCGGAGGAGUCACCUGCAGUACAAAGAUGAUGGAGGAAAAUGCUGCCGCCAUAGAUUUCUCAAAGGGAUCUUACAGAUAUGCACCCAUGGUGGCCUUUUUCGCUUCGCACACCUAUGGGAUGAACACUCCUGGCCCUAUUCGGUUCAACAAUCUGGACGUCAACUAUGGUUCCUCCUAUGUCCCAUCAAACGGAAAGUUCCGUGUGCCGUACCUUGGCGUUUACAUUUUCGAAUAUACCAUUGAAUCACGCAGCCCACGCCUCUCUGGCUACCUAGUGGUUGAUGGGAUAGACAAGCUGGCUUUCCAGUCUGAAAACACAAAUGAUGAGAAGUACGCGGAAAGGGUGGCUACAGGGUAUGCCUUACUGGAACUGAACUAUGGUCAAGAAGUCUGGCUCAGGCUGGCAACGGGAUCCAUCCCAGCCAAAUACCCACCUGUAACUACAUUUACUGGGUACUUAUUGUACCGCACAUAAAUCAGUUGCAUACAGAAGCUCUCCUCCCUUGCUUCCAAGUUGUCCUUUCCCUUUUUAUUCUGAGUUCUCCUUCCAACACAGCAGUGUCAUUUUGAGUUGCCCCAUUUUGCUCAAAAUGGCACUUCAGUCUUCAAAUAGAAAUGCAAAACCUUUCCCUUCACUGUAAUUCCAUGAGGAAAAGAAAAGCUUUCUAUCCUCCUGCCGUUUUUAAAAGCCAAGGAGUUUCUCAUGGAAAGUGCCAACCCUUAUCUCAUUAGAUACAGCUCAGACUUCCAAAUGUCCCAGUUACACCAACUUGUCUUUCACUGAAUGGCUGGAAGUCUAUAAAUAGCUCUUCUGUCUGCCCAGGCAUCUCAUUAGUUAGAUGUAUAUCCACAACCUUACCUAGAUGUUUGCACCAAUCCUAAAAAAAAGUGCAGCAGUUGAAUAAUAUUAUCACCAGCAGUUGAAUAAUAUUAUCACCAUUGUGAAGUGAAUUUGAUUUCAGUAGCUGACACUAGUCAGCAGUCAUGUGAUCUAGGGUGCUCACACAUGACUCAGAUCAGGAUGUCUUUGUUCCCAGUUUUGAAGACAGUUAUGGAGAAGUAGAGGGCCCACUGAAUAACGAAGGCCCUAUGUGAGCAGCUUUGCCCACACAGAUGGAAG